CGGGUGUCGACAUCUUCAGCUUUAGAUAUACUGCGCAGUAGAAAGAGCGGAGGACAAGGAGAAUUUGAAGAGAAUCAGUUGAAGAUGAUUAAGAUGGAGGGAGAAGGAGUUGCUGGUGCAGCACCUCCACCGGUCGUUAUUGGUGGUGGUGAUGGUGGUGAUACGAUGGCGAAGAUGGGAAUCAUGGAGAAGAGUGGGAAAGGAGGAUGGAAUACGAAAAAUUUGAGUCAGAGAUUGGUUGUUGAUGCGGGAUGUGCAGUUGCUGCGGGGUCUCUUGUGGCUCCGAUUGUGAGUAUGGUGGAUAAGGCUAUCAUGGAGAACGCGUCGGGAAAGAGGCCAUUGAUGCAAUCGAUCAAAGCCUCGUUUUCGCAAUUGCUGCUCCGACCUCACAAGUAUGUCGCAUCCAAGCCAUUCGCGUUGAUUCUGAUGGUCUACGGCGGAACAUACUUGAGCGCAAACUUUUUGGACACCUUCAAGUCGACCACACGGGCCCGCCCUGCGAGUCGUACAUCCGCAGGCUUUGACAAGUUCGCCGCGACAAGCGUGGCCAAUGUGGGAUUGACCAUGAUCAAAGACUCCCAAUUCACCAAAAUGUACGGUACCGUAUCCGCUCGUCCGGUGCCGCCCAUCACGCUCUUCACCUUCGCCUUACGAGACUCGCUCACCAUCUUCGCGAGCUUCAAUCUCCCACCCUUGAUCGCUCCCAACCUUCCUCUGUCCGAGGCCGCAGAGAAAUACAUCAGCCGAACUUCGGCAGCGCAGUUUCUGGCUCCGGCAGGAAUUCAACUCUUCAGCACACCGCUCCAUCUCCUCGGUUUGGAUCUGUACAAUCGCAACGGCGACACGACCAUGGCGGAUCGCAUGCGGAAAGUGCGAGUGGAUUGGUUGAAGAGCUCGUUGGCGCGCGUGUGUCGCAUUGUUCCGGCGUUUGGCUUUGGAGGCGUGGUCAAUAAUAGUCUUCGGCUCAGAUUUCAGAAGCAAUUGGAGUAGACACGACAGCUCGCUCGAUUACAGUGGUAUACCGACAGCGAAAGUCUUAGUCUUCUUGGCGAGCAACAACGAGAAAGAUAGAGGAGAUAUUUCGGCAAUACUUGGGGGACAAAUUUGUGGAGGAUUGAAUGGCAUGUGCCAGCCAUUGUUGGAUUUGUGCAGAUGUGUAUUCGAUAUUUCCAUACCUUCAGGUCAGGUCGCAUUUGAUUUGUGUAAUCAUACACGCACGGGCAUCAUCUUUUUGAUGCGCGCAUUCGGAUACUACUAGGUAUAUGGCUGCACAAUGGCUCAUUUCGCGAUUUGUGAUAUCAG